AUGGAUCUCAACAUACUCGAGCGUGUAGUAGCUGGAAGCGAGGAACCAAGCCAUCUAGAUUUGUCACUUCUACAGAGCAUCACAGAAAAUUUCUCUGAGCAGAGAAAAAUUGGUGUUGGUGGAUGUGGAGGGGUUUACAAGGGCAUGCUUCGAAAUGGAAUUGUUGCUGUGAAAAGGCUUUUCAACAGCCGAACAAUUAAAGACAAGAUGUUCCAUCGGGAGGUUCAAAGUUUGAUCAUGGUUAGGAACAAAAAUAUAGUACGAUUUCUGGGUUAUUGUUCUUUUACGGAAGAACGCGUGUUAAUAUUUGAAGGAAGAACAAUUAUGGCUGAUAUACGGGAAAGGUUGCUCUGUUUUGAGUACAUAAGCAAUGGAGCCAUCUCACAGGAGAAGGAUAUCGUCCACAUGGAUCUCAAACCUGCGAAUAUACUGCUAGACGAUCUCAUGGUGCCCAAAAUUACAGAUUUUGGUCUAUCGAGACUUGACAAUAAUUCACAAGCAGCAACCACAUCGCGUCUUAUGUCACCAGGAUAUUGUGCUCUAGAAUACAAUCUUGAAGGCAAAUGGUCCAGCAAGUCAGAUAUAUAUAGUUUGGGAGUAAUGGUUACAGAGCUGGUGACAGGAAGUAAAAAGGGGCGUGAUCUUACCAAAGUACUUAGAAGAUGGAGGCACAGGUGGAUUAAAUCAUCAAAGCAUACACCCUUGGGUUAUCAACAAGUGACAAAAUGCCUCGAGCUGGCCCAAAGAUGCAUCCAAAUUAACCCGACAGACAGACCUGACAUAGUAUACGUAAUGGAUGAGCUCAACACAAUAGAUAGUAAGGGUGGUCAAUUCCAGGAAAUCCCUUGCCUGGAGGACAUGCUUGGGAUUGAGCCGCUGGAAAUACACUUCCCCUUUAAAGUUGACCCGCAGAUAUCACACUCAAUUGAGCUGACCAACGAUACGAAUGAUUACAUUGCCUUCAUGACAAAGGCAAGGUCACGCUGCUUCCGCAUAGAGCCAGACAAGGGCAUUGUCCCACCAGGAUCCAAGUGUAGUGUCACCGUAACAACGCAAGCACAGGUCAAUGCACUGCCAAAUAAUCACCACAAGGAGGAGAUCACCGUGCUGAGCACCAGAGUAGAUGGAGGUCUUGCUGCUCUGGAUAUAACUGGAGACGUGUUCAUUGAGAAGGAGGGUACUGUGGUUGAUGAGGUGAAUGUGAUGGUUGUUUUUGACAAACCACCACCGGCUGAUGAGGAAUCCUGA